UGCGGAAGGACAACUUUGGUGAUGCUGACUUCAAUUCCGCUUACGAAAAGAAGCAAAAAUUUUGCAAAACCACGGUUCACCGUUAUUAUUCCUGUGUUGUGAGCAAUGUCUACCGGAAGGCUCUAGACACAAAUGAUGGCGGCGAGAUGAAAUAACAACUUCCUGUUGCCCGCGGCUUCCCGUAUUCCCAGCGAGAGUUGGAGAGUCUGUGGCCGGGGACAGUAACAAGGGGAAAUAACCUUCAUCGCUCAAGGGAGGUAAUCAUCCAGUGGGAGUCGGUGCGUUAUCGCGUAGAGCUUUAUACAAGGACGAAAAAGGACACUCCUCUUGUUUCCUGUCAUGGAGUCAAUCCAGAGACGAUCUCACGAGAACGAAUGGGUCGGGACUCUUCAAGAAGACUUCAGCUUGGCCACACAUCACGUGAUCAACUUUUCCACCGCUCUAUACCACCCGUGGGGAAGUCAGGCCGGAAAUGCUGCUGCCGCCAUCUUGUACACCGCGUGGAUUUCCGCAGCAAAUGUUUUUCUCAUCUUUCUCCUGAUUACGAAUGUGAAACUUCUAAACAGUCGCCAGAACAUCGUUCUCCUUCACAACGCAGUGACAGACUUGGCUGUGGGCGUCUUCUACUGCCCUCUGACGGCAGACUUCUUCGUCCGAGGCUACUGGGCGCACGGAUGUGGCAGCUUCUUCGUCUGGUUCACCUUCGUCUUCCCGCUCACAUUUCUCACCACGCACUCCAUCUUGCUCCUGCUCACCAUGAGGAUACUUCCCGUUUGCUGCAGGCGCGUGUUCGUGGUGUUCAAGACUCUCGCCAGGAACUGUGUGUUCGGCGCUGUGUUUGUGCUCAUGUGGGCCUACCUGGCGGCCAUCAGCGCCGCUCUCAGUGCAGGCAGACAUGACAAUGUGCACAUCGCCAUUGCCCAGGGGGUAGUGUGUCGAGCCCUGGUCGCUACAGAGGGUGGGAUCGUUAUCAACGUUCUCGUCUUCUUCCUGCCCGCAGCACUGGCCAUGCUGGUCUUACUGGCAAAUGUGAUCAGAGAGAAGACAGCACUUGCCACUCCGAACGUCCAACUUCGGCUGGAGUCCGACACAGAGCAAUGCACCGCCCUGCCCAUCUCCGUUCUGUCCCUUAUCACCAUCUUCACCUGCCUCCUCCCACUCCCAGCCUUCCUCAUCACUACUGCCAUGGCUGGCGGGGCGUGUUCUGACGUCACGUGUCUGGCUUGGCUCCUCCCACUGGGCACGGUGGCUGACUGGGUUCUCUUUGCCAAGUCGGGGCUAGUGCCCGUGGCGCUGUUCCUGGCGCCGGAUUUCCGGUCGGCCAUGAUGGGCGCUUUGCAUCACUUCCGGAGGCUCCCGACCUCUGAUACUCGGGACCUGGUGGCGAACAUGGACGAUCCUGAGGAUGAUACACCCUUUUCAACUAUGUAGGAGGGUUUCAACACUCAAGCACAUCCUACAAGAACUCUGACGCUUAACUUGAAUUGAGAGAAAAAUCGGAGUCCGCAUUUUUAAAAACCUAUUCUUCGAGUGCAAAUCCUGUAAUUGCAUUGUCUCUCAGAGAAGGCUUUGCUAAAUCGUACGUGUAAUAACAAUUCUCGUAAGUAAUUCUUAUCAUACUAAUGCUCAUCCUCAUCCUUACCCUCCUCUUCCUCACCCCCUUCCCUCUCAUCAUCAUCAUCAUCAUCAUCAUCAUCAUCACCAUCAUCAUCGCCAUCACCACCAUCAUCAUCAUCGUCAUCCUCAUCCUCAUCAUCAUCAUCAUCAACAUCAUCAUCAUCAGCAUCAUCGUCAUCAUCAUCACUGUAGACAAAGCAGAGUAGGGAGGGAGAGUCUUGAUUAAUGUUCACUCAGAAAAUAUGAAUUAGAAAUCCAAAAAUAAAUUUGUUCAUUAAAACGGCCCAACAUUUCGUCUCGAUGGCUUCUUCAGGAGCACCAUCAUCAUUAUCAUCAUCAUCAUCACCAUCAUCAACCGCAACACCACUAUUGCGACCAUAAGCACGAUGAUCACUGAUAUCCCCCCCCCCUCCCCCUCCUUUCCCGCUCAAGGGUCAAAAGCUCACGCCUUCCAGCGUAUUGUUUUUUUUUAUCCCCCCUUUGUUUUUCCGCCUUUUCCUGAGUUCUGUCCCAACCCGCCAAACAUAUUAUUAUAA